AUGCAGCUGGAGGACACAGACAGCCCACUGGACAUUAGCUGGCCAGACACUCUGACACAGAGGGUCACUUACGUUCUCCUCGCUCCAAUCAUUUUCUCGCUGUUUAUCACUUUGCCAGACGUCAGGAUACCUGAGCGACGGAAAUUGUUUCCGUGGACUUUUGUAGGCAGCAUUUUGUGGAUCGCUGGCUUUUCUUAUUGUCUGGUGUGGUGGGCAAAAGAAGCAGGAGGCGCCGUUGAGAUUCCAGACACGGUGAUGGGGCUCACAGUUCUAGCUGCAGGCGCCAGCAUCCCGGACCUUAUCACCAGCGUCAUUGUGGUUCGGAAAGGGUUUGGAGACAUGGCUGUGUCCAGUUCUAUCGGAAGUAACAUAUUUGAUAUAACAGUUGGCCUUCCCAUACCGUGGCUCAUUUACAGUACCAUUAACUCCGGAAGUGCUUACACAGUGACAAACAAAGGACUGUUGUGCUCCAUCUUGCUGCUGUUCCUCAUACUUCUGGCUCUGGUCGCUGGCAUUGCUGUAUCAGACUGGAAACCCAGCAGAACCCUUGGUGUCUCCAUGCUGUUCCUAUAUCUUAUAUUUGCUACUUUGUCAGUUCUUCUGGAGCAUGAAAUAAUUGUCUGUCCUUCAAUUUAA